UGAUCGUUCGUUGAUGUCAUUUGUUUUCAUCAACUGUGCUCCAUCGACGAGGGUUUAAUAUGAUAACCUGACUUACACGGGAACGGGAGCCUAUUAUUUUGUGGGUGCCCUUACUCACGUUAGCAAUUACCUAACACCGCUACAUUUCUCCACGGCAACGAGACAAAGACAUCGAUUUAAGUAUUCAUAAUAAUGAUAAUUGUGCGACGGCGCAUGGUAAUCAGUAGUCGUGGGUGUCUUCUGUUGGUUCGGGAUUUCACAUUAAGCGCAUCUCGACUGUGUAUUCAUGCCUCUCCCCUGGUUUUAUGCUUUUAUUUUGAAAAGCACCGAGGUGUAGCGCGCACUUCCUUCCGCAGGAUUCUUGUCAACUCAAGUGUCUUUAAUUCCGUUUGUGGAGAGUUUUCCCCAUUUCACCUUUUAUUUUGUGUCAGAUGGCUAUUGAUGGCAAAACAGUCACAGUGAGACAAACAAAUAUAUGGCAGUCUACUUACCUAUAUACAACAACAAGGGUUGGGAUGCAACUGCGUUUGUACUUCAGAUCUUGUCAUUUCACUUCGGCACUUGUUUGGUUUUACCAGCGAGUGGGUUGUCAACUCUACCUUGGUACAGGACUUACCCUCCAGUUAGGUCUGCUUGCCCACUAGGGCAGGUGGUGGAAAAUAAAUGGUGUGACAACCAGAGAUCUCAGUGUGCAAAGCCCCCUCCUGUUUUCUUAAGUUCUAAUGCAACUGAAUCCAUUUUUACGAGCUACUACUAAGCUUGUGACGCUAACAUAACGUUCGUGAAAUUCACCAUCCAAAAACAGUGCUGCUUAAUCUGCUGCUGUGCCUUCUCAUCUUCUACUGUCUCUUCUACAUGAUUGGCAGUGUUUGUUUUGGCGCUUUCAGGUUGGACAGGUUUGAUGGACUGAUUCCUUUUGACUUUAAGACCAAACUUGUUGAUUCCAACUCCAAAUAUUUAGUGAACCUCCUGUCUUUGGAGCUCACCUUCUUCUUCAGCGGUCUAUUGUUUGCUGCAGUAGUGAAGAAGCAGGUCUGGGACUACGCCAUCACAGUCACCCUUAUUCAUGUGCUCAUCACCAGCGUUGUGAUGUUUGAGUUUCCCAUGGAGUGGCAGUGGUGGCUGGCUAUAGGUAGUGGCUUGUUUCUGAUGAUCUGCAACGGUCAGCUAAUCGCCUAUUUCACCUGUCAGAGUGGCCAUAACUACGCCUCAUUCAGUAUUUACUAGCAAAAAUCAGCCAUGUGUGUCAAGCAAAAAAGGAAGUUCUCCAAAUGUAUCUUGAGAAUCCCCCGUGGUCACGCUCAUUCUCUUCUUGCCACUGAUUUUCUGUUGAAGUCCUUGGAGAAUCGCCACACGUGUCACUUCACCUCUAUUGGAGCUAUCAAGUGGCAAAGUUUUCGGUUGAUGAGGGAAACAAAAACAAAUGAUCGGUAAAAAACAGUGAUCUCACGUUGAUGCACCUUAUCUUCAUGUCAGCACUUCAUACUGCCUCCUGAUUUGUUUUAUUGUGUAAGUGUCACAAAGGCUUACAAGGUGUGACUGUAAAUGAAGUGGAACUUGAAUGUCGGAAAUGGGAUAUUAACUAUUUAACACAUUUAUUUUGUUACAUUUUGUGCACAUUAAAAUAUUUUGCAUCUUG